AUCAACUCUACGUUAACAGUUUUAAACGUGCGUAUACUGUUUGUUUGUGCAUGUGCUCCUAUUCGAGACUUCCUAAGCAUGUUUUGAUAAGAUCGAAAAUUGAUAGUAUCUUUACCAUUUUGAGCUGUUAUGUAUUGUUGAUGUGACUAUCAGUGGUUAAAGGCUGUCAGCCAAGAAUAUAAAAAUGAACCCACACCAAAGGUGACAAACAGUACAUCCUACGCAGUACAACUUGACGACUAUAAUUGCUGCAAACGCUACUUCGUAACGCGGCAAGCACAAACACUUGGAACCUAUAACAACUUCUUACAACAAACAUGUAUCGUCACUACGCUAUUGGUUUGCUGGCUAUCAUUGGCUUCAUUGCCGCCGCUAAUUCAACGUCGAUUAAUCUUUGCGAUGGUGUGGCCGACAACGUUUUUGUAGCGGAUAUCACGAACUGCAGCAACUACUAUAUUUGCGUUAAGGGCGAGGCGAUCGCUCAGCAAUGUCGCUAUAAUUACUCCUUUAAUGGCAAGACGCAAUCGUGUGAAGUAUCCAACGCAUCCUGCUUGGCUUGUGACCCAAGUAAAUUGUCUUCGGUAGGCUUGGAAAGGACAUGCAACAAAUAUGCGCUCUGUUUUGCUGGCACACCAGUGCUACAAGAAUGCGCUGACGAUUUGCAGUACAAUCCAAACUUAAACGCUUGCGAUUAUCCUCAAAAUGUGGAUUGUGUUGCAAACCGUUGUUCCAUUUAUGAUAGUCCCGAUAGUAUUGUCUACGCUCCCAGCCAGUCGUCGUGUACAAAAUAUUUCGUCUGCAUGAAUGGCCAACCACAAAACCAAACAUGCGUCGGUGGUUUGCAAUUUAACGCUGUCAGUAACCAAUGCGAUCGUCCAGCCAACGCAAAUUGCACUAUUGCCGCUAUACCCAAAUCACGUUCCUUCCAAACUGCCGCUGAGAUCGCUCCACGCAUGGUCAAUAUUAACUGCCCCAGUGUGGGUAUUCAGCAGAUUGCGCACCAAAACCUAAAUCAAUACUACAUGUGUGUUAACGGUAAGGGUGCACUAAUGACUUGCGCUGCCAAUCUGUUCUUUGACAAGGAUAUGGGUGCUUGCCGCCGUAAGGAGGAUAUCCUAAUUAACUAUUUUCUUUUUCUAGUGAAAUAUGUGCUGUGUAUUUUAGUGGCAUGCGCCAUAUUCGAUUUACUGAGCGCCGCUUCCAAUUCAGUGAACAUUUGCAGUGGCGUCAGUGAUAACGUGUUCUUGCCAUAUCUCGGCGAUUGUUCCAAAUACUAUGUAUGCAUUGGCGGUGCACCAAUCGAGCGUAAAUGUGACUAUGAUUUUCAUUUCGACGCCAAGGAGCAAAGCUGUACUUAUCAGAAUGUGGCGAAAUGUCUGCCCACCUGCACCAAUGCGCUAUCAUCCUUCUGCUACGAUCGCACCUGUACCAAAUAUGUGCUCUGCUAUGCUGGCACAGCAAUUAUACGCGAAUGCCGCGAUGGUUUGCAGUACAAUGCCGAGACAGAUCGUUGUGAUUUUCCACAAUAUGUGGAUUGUGUGGAUAAUAUGUGCACAUUAUUCAAUGAUCCGAAAAAUAUUACAUUCAUCAACAGCCAAGCGUCCUGCGAGAAAUACUACAUUUGCAUGGAUGGCAACGCUUACCCACUGACUUGUUCUAAUGGCCUACAAUUCAAUAAGGAUUGUGAUUGCUGUGAUUUCGUGGAGAAUGUUCAUUGUAAUUUAACUGCGGCGACGCGCAACAUCCUGUCGUAUUCAAAGAUACCACCCAGGCGCGCUGAUAUUGACUGCCCCGCUGAUGGUGCCAAUUUUAUUACACAUCCGGAUCCAGCCAAAUACUACUACUGCUUGAAUGGCAUGGGUGUUGUGCUUGAGUGUACGCCUGGACUACUCUAUGAUGCUGAGUUCGAAGAGUGUCGUGCACCAGAAAAUCUUUCACGUAAAUCUUAAAAUUAUAAACUUCAAAUAUUUGUGUACAUUUUUUUUUUUUUUUGAAAUAAUGAUUUCAAAUAAUUGCGUAA